CGGGCUUUAAGUCACGCGACGAGUGUUUCCGCACCAAAUCCUAUUCGGUUUCCGACCAGUCGUCCGGCGAUGAGGGCAACGAUGGUAUGAGCCGUACGCCCGGCGCCGGACAUCAUCGUCGGCACAGGUCUCGCAAGUCCAAGAUUCACCGCCAGAAGCGUUCGCUUACCAAUGAUGACGAUCUGGUCGUCCAAAGUAAUAAUAACAUCAAUAAUAAUAAUCAUAAUAUGAAUAGUAAUAGUAAUAACAAUAUUAAUAACCAAUUGGUGGCCAACAAUGAGACACAUUUGCGGCACAUUUCAUCUGACGCUAUGAUAUACACCCGUAAUAACGGCUAUCAGACUCGCAAGAGUUCCGAGAGUUCUGAUGUCAGUGACAUGAGUCCUCCGCCAGAAUCGCUGACCCCGUCAUCGGAAUACUCGCGUUCGCCCCGAGAGUCGGCCGACUCAGAUAUGUUGGGUUUGCCCACUUAUCCACAUCUCCAGACACAGCGCCGGUCCAUACCAUCUGUGUUAGUAGACGUGGUCGACACCAAUCACCUCACGCUUAAAGACUGUUUUCCGAGGCGCGGGUCGACGGGCCGGGCAUUGCCUAAGAUUCCUGUGGAGCCGUCGCGAUCUAUGUUAGAUCUGCCGCACUCUCGCAAGAGCUCCUCCCACUCGCUUGACUUGCCUAUGGAUCAGCCGCGACGGGCGUCCGCACCCGAGGGCGAGAACAUACGUAUUGUGAUCGAUGACGUGGACUCUCGCAACUCAGCGCGUGGUAAUUCGGUGACACAGUUUGAGCGCGUGAUUUUACACCGGGACGAGAGUGACCACAGUAACCGGACCCGCGGUUUCGGGUUAAGUGUGAUCGGGGGUAAAAUGAAUGAAUCGGACGGCAAUCUGUACGCAUACGUCGCGUGGACACAACCCGGAGGGCCCGCAGACAAGAUGGCACUCAAACCCGGCGAUAAGAUCCUUGAAUGGGACGGAAAGUCUCUCGUCAACUGUAGCUAUGAACAGGUCUGCCAUACCAUUGAGUGUUCAUCAGAUACGGCAGAAUUGAUCAUUGAGUCUAUGGUUAAGAGUGAAAACAACGGCCACUUUGUUCAUCAAAGGCGGCGAUUGAGUCAAAUGCUAAGCCAGGCAUCAAUUGAUUUGUCGUCCAUCGGCGGUGGGACUGGCGGUCAGGCGGGCAGUGCCUCGAGUCGGCGACGUUUGCCGCGAACACCAGAAUCGAUGCUAAACGCGGGCCAAGAGACCAAACAGGGAGAGAUUCUGCUCCAGUGCUCUCUCGAUAACGAUCACAAACAGCUGACGAUUGGCAUGAUUUGUGCCAAACGGGUGGUCGGACUGAAGGCACCCUCUUAUGCUCAGUUGCAUAUAUUGCCAGAACUUGGUUUCAAAAUAUGUAAGACUGAGCCGAGCCUUACUCUGGAGUGGAACGAGACACUCAUUUUUCAACAGUUUCCCAUCGAUAAGGUUGAAGAUAUGGCUUUAGAGAUAAGCAUAUGGGAGAACUCAGGCACCAGUAGUGGUCAGCCCAAGCCAUUGGCCACUACUGUAAUACCGUUGCGAAGCGCUAUUCUUCAUCACAUCGAUUGGUGGCCAUUAUUAGCGCCCAACUCUAACUUUAUUAAAGCCACCUCUAUGGAAUAUAUAGGUUUAUACAUUCUUUCACUUUAUAUUAUGGUC